AUGGUGGUUUUUAGGAUGAACACUCUGGUGGACAUGUUGGAGAACCUCGAUAUACACGAUCCUUCACACCGUACGAGGAGAUGGAUUCACCACUCAGCGUGGACACAUCGGCGAGCGUCUUAUACAACGGAUACGAAGGUGCUUAAACGGCGUGUCUGUAUAUCCCAUGCACUACGGCUAUCAAGCUUUCGGUUCGCAGUCAAUCAGAAGCUGGGUUUGACGAGAGCUGAUGCCAAGAUUUUGCCAGAGAUAAACUGUCCUCUCAUGGUUGUGAAACAUCCGGAUAUAAGCCGCUAUCUUAGCAAUGCGCCCACCAUACAAAAACCUAUACAAAACGCAUUGUAUAUAUAUUUUGAGCUGCAAAAUUGUAUACAGAGCCUGUAUAUACAGGAAAUCUUAGUGUUAAGCGCUCAUGGCGCGCUUCGGCUUAUAUCCGGCAUGUUUAGCGACCAUGAGAGGCUACUCGAACUGGCGGCCUGUGAAGGAUAUCAGUAUUUCACUAUGGCAGGGGUUACUUUGAUAUUUCUAGAAGCUUACCUUGGGAUAUCUGCUCUGAGAGCAGUCACAGAAUUCUAUGAGACCCACGUGAUAACCAACUACACCAACGAGACCCGCCAGGCAGCAGCAGGUAUCUCUAGGAACCAGCGCAGGCACCCACCCCGCGUCGCACACACGUGGUUCAGCACGCCCCCAUUCGCCAAUACCGUGGUUUAUCGCUUGGCGCACACUCUCGCGUAA